AUGAACUCCCUUCGUCUCAUAGCCAUAGCUCUCUACUGUUUAGCAAUUGUGUUUGGAGGAUUAACUUUCUCCUCAGAUGCACAACUUGACCCUAAUUUUUACAUUCAAACUUGCCCCCAGUUGCAGUCUAUUGUAACUCAAAUCUUAUCCAAAGUUGCUAAGAAAGAUCCCCGAAUGCCUGCUAGUCUCAUCAGGCUCCACUUUCACGACUGCUUUGUUCAAGGUUGUGAUGCAUCCGUUUUGUUGAACAAAACUGAUACUAUUGUGACUGAACAAGAAGCCUUCCCAAAUAUCAACUCCUUAAGAGGGUUAGAUGUUAUAAAUCAGAUUAAAACUGCCGUAGAAAGUGCUUGUCCAAACAAAGUCUCUUGUGCUGAUAUUAUUACACUUUCUGCUGGAAUAUCUUCCGUUUUGACUGGAGGUCCAGGUUGGUUGGUUCCACUGGGAAGAAGAGAUAGUUUAACGGCAAAUAAAGCUCUUGCUAAUCAGAAUCUUCCAGGCCCUUCUUUCAGUUUAACUGAACUGAAAUCUGCUUUUGCUGAUCAAGGCCUCACCACACUUGAUCUAGUUUCACUCUCAGGUGCUCAUUCAUUUGGUAGAUCACGUUGCUUUUUAUUCUCUGACCGAUUAUUCAACUUCAACAGUACUGGAAAACCUGAUCCAACUCUUGAUCCAGCUUACUUAAAAGUAUUACAAAAGCAGUGUCCUCAGAACGGCCCCGGAGAUAACCGUGUCAAUUUUGAUCCAACAACUCCGGAUAUAUUGGACAAAAACUUCUACAACAACCUUCAAGUUAAGAAGGGUUUGCUUCAAAGUGAUCAAGAAUUGUUCUCAACACCAGGUGCAGAUACUAUUGGCAUUGUCAACAAUUUUGCUAGUAACCAAAAUGCUUUCUUUGAGAAUUUUAAGAAUUCAAUGAUUAAAAUGGGAAAUAUUGGUGUGCUUACCGGAAAGAAAGGUGAAAUUAGAAAACAAUGUAAUUUUGUUAAUCAGAAGAAGAAAUCAUCUGAGUUGGAUAUUACAUCUGUGACUUCUACAGAAUCAUCUGAGGGGGAUAUGGUUAGUUCAAUGUAA